AUGACCAAUAGUUGGAAGGAGAGGGCCUUGAUGUCAGCACAUAGGUGUAAAAAAAAAAUUAUAAAGCAAACUUUAUGUUUAUUUCUCAUAUUAGAAGGAAUAAAGGAAGAAUCAUCAUUUAGAAAGCAUUUAGUGUAUGAUAACAAUAAAGUUUUAAAAUUUGAAGGAAUAAUUCUUAUGUUAGGUGAAGAUAUAAGCAAAGAUUGUAAUUUGAGAAACCAAGCAGAAGUCUUGAGAAUUUUCAGACAAGCUGCUGAAUAUUUAAGGUCAG